GACACUCUCGUAACAACGGACCACCAAUCGAGUCUUCUAUGACGCAUUGACGGACUUGGUUGACGACCACUUUGGAAUCACCUUCGACUAUCACGUGGGUCAAGGAUCUUGAGGCUACAAUGGAGAUAGCGUCUCUAAAAGCUAGAAGAUCUGCCAGAUAAGGGUUGACUAUUCCUUGAUGCUGCAACCCGAACGCCAACACCACAUGCCCGUCUGACCCACGGAUAACAAGCCCAGACGAAUACCCGGAGGCACAAACAACUGCGUCGACGUUGAUCUUCAAAAAUCCUUCUGGUGGAGGGCCCCAAGUGGUGGCAGGAUGGUUUGGGAGUAGAGAGCUGCGGGGAGGGGGGGGGGGGGGGAGAGAAGAAGACUGGAGACUUCGAGGACUUGGUUGUAGAACUGUCUGGCUAGGGAACAGACAUGAGGUUGGAUAAAUUCAAAGGUUACUUUAUUUUUAGACUUCCAGAUUCUCCAAAGUAAACAGACGCAUUGGAGAAUGUGGAAUGGGGAGGUCUCAGAGACCAUGACAUGUCGCCACCAUAGACUAAAGUUAACAGUCUGGACGGUCUCAAUAAAUUUGCUCAAACCCACUAAAGUCCACAAUCUGAUGGCUAGGGAGCAUCUGAAGAAUAAAUGUCCAAUGCUUUCUCGAUGUCUCCAGCAGAGAGGGCAUCGGUUAAGGCAGUUUACUCCACAAGUUUGAAGGGCCACUACUGUGGGAAGUAUGACUUUGAGGCAUUGCCAUAUGAAGAAUUUGAGCUUAGGCGGGACUUGGAUAUUCCAAGUCUUUUUCCAAAUAGGAGGGUCGAUGAUAUGCACUAUCGGUUUUUGGCUUGAUGCCAAUGUUAUUUCCAGAGCUAAGUGAUAACCCGAUUUGACUGUGUAUUUUCCAUCCUUGGAAUAGUGCCACACUCUAAUGUCUUGCUGUGAGUAACGAGGAAGAGGAAUUCUCCUGAUGAGAUCAACAGACUGAGGUUCAAAGCAAGUCUGGAGUUUUAGUACGCCCCAUUCCCCUUGACCUUCUUUUAUGAAAUAAGGGUCGGGUACUCGGGGUUAAGGGUUUUGACUUGCUCCUACCGUCACUCUAGAAAAUGGCCAAGUGUAACCACCUCCUAAAGCGUAGUAUAGCGGGUUUGGAUUUUAAUGUCAACCCGGGUCCUAAGUGUGAUGACUACUCCGUGAGUUCUUAUUAUUUAGGGAUGACAGUGUAGUGAAGGUCCAAACAAGCAAAGCAGUUAAAGGUUGUUUUCAAGUUGAGAGAGGUCACCUGGAUAUGGUUCCCCCUAGACUGCAGUUAAGCCGGAUUGUAAUUUACCAAGUUCAAUUUCAAUGAUAGUUAUAUUGCGGGAGGUUCUUAAACAGUCUGCAGUCUCGACUAAAGGUCUCCAGACCCUCUCAAUCUGAGUCCCCCAGCGGGCGACUAACCUCCACCGGAGUAAACAGAUUGAGGCCCUAACGAACCAAACCUCCACUACCGAAGUAAAUCCGGUACAAGAUAGUGAAUCGACUCCUCGACUAAAGUCGUCAAUUCACUACCUUCAAUCAAGGGUGCUCUAUCAACCUAGGCAGAUAUUCUCUUUCUAGGUUAAAGCAGAAACAACAGGAAUUUGACCAGCAUUCAUGCCAUUCAACAAAUCAGACCUCAAUUGAAUAUAAUCAUAUCACUGAAUCUGUACUUGGGUUCAUACAAUCAGACCUAACACACAAAUCUAGGGUUCUUCAUACCCAGGUGAAAGAGAAAGUUACUCCAUAGAGAGAGAUGGGAAAUCUAGCUCAGAUGCGGAAACCAUACUGUAAAGGAUGAGAUUCUGCUUCUGGCACUCAAUCAGCUCUUCUCCAAACUCAAGUCGGGCUCCAAUGGUGAUGGAGAUCGAUCUAGGCAAUUGAAGAAUCAUGUUCGUCACUUUCUCUCUCUAGAUAUACGCUUUGUCUCUCUAAAACUCGGAACCCUCUCCUUUGGCUCGAAAUUGGGUUAAAACCCAGAAUUUCCCGACCACACGGCCAGGCCACACGGCCGUGUGGCUUUCCAGUCUGCCCGUGUGAUUGUUAAAACGCGGCGUUUCGAUUAGUGGGCUUUCAGGCAUGCUGCACGGCCAGGGACACACGGCCGUGUGGAUUUCCAGGCUGGCCGUGUGAGCUCCAUGGACUUUCAACACUGCCACAAGGGGUCCCCUACAUGGCCAGUGUGGCUUGCUCGUGCAAAGUGGUGCCACAUCUGCCAAGUCACACGGUCGUGUGGAAUUUUAGGCGUGCCCGUGUGAGUUUCUCAGCUUCUCGCCAAACGUCCAAUCUUCGUCAAAUCGACCCCGAACUCGUUCCCAAACCUUCAUCACGUACUAGGACCUGAAAUAUCACAAGCAAGAACAACCUAGCGUGAAAUCGGCAUAAAACACGAGAAUAAAAACUCAAACGGUAC